UUAACGGCGGUGGUGAAGAUGAUGAAGUGGCGACCAUGGCCGCCAUUUGUAACAAAAAACUAUCACGUCAGUCUUAUGGUGAAAAAAGUGACUGGAUGUGAUCAUAUGUUACGUCAAUCUUUUUCAAGAUUGAUGGUUCAGAUUAAAUGGAAAGGUUCUAAGUCAACACUCAUUUCAUUCCGACGAGAUGUUACAAAUUUCACUAAAGAUGCUGUUAUUUAUUAUGACGUGGUUGAAGAAGGUUUCAUUGUUAAUUUUGAUGAACAAUUUCAGAAACUUUGUAAUCUGAAUUGUUAUAACAAAGACAAUGUGUUUCAUCCUUGGGAAAUCGCUUUCAAUCUCUUUAAUGGAUUGAAUGAAAAACCAAAGAAAAAGGGUAUUGUUAUUGGAACAGCUUUGUUGAAUAUUGCUGAAUUUGCAAAUUCAACUGAUCAAAUUGGUAUUGAUUUGAACAUUCCAUUCACAAUACCUGGAGUUUCCGCACAGAAUUCUCCUUCACUUAAUAUAUCAAUUAGUUUGGUGGAAAUUAGAGGUGCUCAAGAAAAAACACAGUCAAUUCAGAGAUCAAUAGUUCCUGUGUCGUCACCGCAGGCUGAGUCAAGAGAUAGUACAUUGACGGAGAAAGGCGAUCUUUCUGCAAUUAAAGCUGGUCUUAGGAAAGUAAAGACGUUCAAAGAUUUUUUAUCCCCGAGGAAAUCACAAAAGACGUUCCGAGGAGAAGAGGGAAGUAGUAGUUAUGGCAAGGGAAGUAGUAGUUAUGGAAAGGGAAGUAGUAGUGAUGGCAAGUGCUCUAGGACUAGUGGAGAUGCUACUCCUAAUUACUCUUUAGAUUCCAACUCACUUCAUAACUUCGUAGGAGAUUCGGACGAGGGGAAUGGGGAUUCAAGUGAUGGGAAUUCGUUCAGUUAUGGAACAUUGGCCUUUGCAAAUGUGAGAGGAUCACCAUAUUAUUCCAACACAAGAGUGAAUUGUGAUGACGAUGAUUGGGUUUACUACAGCUAUCGCAUGCCUGAUAUACGUUCGGAGAUGGGGAAAUCAAGUGUAUCUUCUUCUGGAUCUUAUUUAUCACAAAGUGCAAAGCGUGGCAUACUUUCAUGGAAGAAAAGGAAGUUGGGUUUCAGAUCUAAUAAAGGUGUUAGGGGAGAGCCAUUGUUAAAAAAGGAAUAUGCUGAAGAUGGUGGUGACGACAUUGAUUUUGAUCGUCGGCAACUUAGCUCUAGCUCUGAGGAAUCUUACUCUUCGAAGUUUCUCAAAACUGGCGAAAAUGGAUCACUAUUCUCUGAAUUUGGAGAUGAUAUGUUUAUUGUUGGGAGUUGGGAGCAGAAAGAGAUCACAAGCCGUGAUGGUCACAUGAAGCUUGAUACGCAAGUUUUCUUUGCCUCAAUCGACCAACGGAGUGCAUGCGUGGCAGGUGAGAGCGCAUGCACAGCCCUAGUUGCGGUAAUUGCUGAUUGGUUCCAGAACUAUCAUAAUCUCAUGCCCCUUAAGUCCCAAUUGGAUAGUCUGAUUCGAGAAGGGUCCUCAAAGUGGAGGAAGCUGCGCGAGAAUGAGACCUAUAGAAAUCAGUUCCCUGACGGGCAUUUUGAUCUCGAAACAGUUCUUGAAGCAAAAAUACGUCCGCUUUCUAUUGUUCCUGACAAAUCCUUCAUUGGUUUCUUUCAUCCGGAAGGAAUGGACGAAGAGAGAUUCGAGUUUCUGCGUGGCUCUAUGUCUUUCGACAACAUUUGGGACGAGAUCAGUGGUUUGGAACAUGAGUGGCUUAGCAACGACAAACCUCAUGUUUUUAUUGUGAGUUGGAAUGACCAUUUCUUCGUUCUCAAAGUUGAAUCAGACUGUUACUAUAUCAUCGACACAUUGGGGGAGAGGCUUUAUGAAGGAUGCAAUCAAGCAUAUAUCCUUAAAUUUGACAGCAACACAGUGAUCCACAAAACACAAAAUUUUGUUCAAUCAUCAUCGAAUGAUAAAACAAAGAAUAAUACCAAGCCGCAAACUAAUAACAAGCCGGCUGAACAAGUUAACGGUAAUGAAAGUGAUUCUAUUGAAGAGCAAGAAGAGGAAGAUGUUGUGUGUAGAGGGAAGGAAGCAUGCAAAGAGUACAUCAAAAAUUUCUUAGCUGCAAUUCCUAUCAGACAGUUGCAAGCUGAUAUAGGAACAAAUAAUGGCACAUUUUCGCCUCAUCAGAGACUACAAAUUGAGUUUCACUACACUCAAUUGUUGCCGUCUUGUUUAUCAACAACUUCUGAGAUGGAAGCAACCAUGGCUGCGGCGGAGACACUUGCUCUCGCGAUAAAUGAGAUUUCUACAUAGUAUUGGUUGUUUAGAAUGUAAUUUAGAUUAAAGCAAGUGCACAUAAUUAAGAUAACU